AUGAGGGUUGCGAUUCGGGAGCAGCUAGCAGCAUUGGUACUGCUAGCUGUUCUAGUUUCGCUCGCUAUCCUGUCGAUCCCGACCUGGGUUUAUGUCAAUAAAUUCGUCGUUGGCGUCGAGAUCAAUGCUCUGACCCUUGCGGCCUCAUUGAAGGCGAGCUCCGUUGCCGCUGAAAUCGAGCUACUACAGACGACUACCAAGACGAUAGCGACGCGACUUCUUAUCCAGGCCGCCCUGAGAACAUUUUACGCUGGAAACACGUCAAGCGCGAACUGGAACAACGCUAUGAUUGAUGUCCAAAGCGCUCUGAAUGCUGCUAGCGAUGGCUCAGCCAAUCUACUACAAGCCAAAUUGUUCUCUAGAAACACCACUGGAGAGCCGCAUGGCCUGCUCAACGUCACAGUCACAGAUUACGGCGAAAUACUGUUGCCAUACCUGGAUCCCAAUGGCUCGCCAGUGUAUCUGGGCGACACUGAGUACGGUUAUCCGUCCGGCCUCUUCCCAAAUAUAACCUACUACAACUCCACUACUCCAGAUCCUCUUGUCAACGGUUCAACGUUGCAAGUUGCCCGUCCAUGGCCCGAUAUCAGGAUCGACACGGCCUCUAAUGGACUAAUCCUCGGCCCUUUGGUAGUCAAUUCGAGCUACGCUUUGGUAUCCCUAACGGUUCCCCUCAGGGACAAUGAGAAUGUCGGUGCUAUCCUAGGCUACCUGACCAUGGUAUCCGAGUGCGCUGCUCUGGUUAAUAUCGUUCAAUCGCGUGAAGGUCUCGGCAAUAGCGGCUCUCUCCUAGUCAUCGGACCUGAUACCGGUUGGAACAGGUUCAGUAAGUACAAUCAGCCAGCGAAUAGUACCAACAAUGCGGCUGCCAAUUUCUCCGACGUGUCCGUCAAGUUCAUACUCCCACCUGAGCCUGUUUCGGGUUACGCUUCCAGGCACACUGAACACAGCGUACGAGACGGUUCUUGGUCCACGUCGUUUGCAGUCAAGAGCUAUCCUGCUGUUUUGUCGGCCUUUACGAACCGUAACGUCGCUACUAACAAUGCCAGUAGUUUGUUGUCAACCACAAAUGAGCAGGGCGUUAAGGUGGCUGUCGGGUGGGCUCGCCCGCAAACAGCUCUCGUGAACUGGACUUUGGUUGUGGAGCAGGAAGAAAGCGAGGCAUACACUCCCAUCCACACCUUACGAAACAUAAUCUUGGGCUGUGUUUUUGGCACCGUUGGGGUGGUCGCACUUCUGAUUGUACCUUGUGCGCAUUUCAGCGUGCAGCCAAUUCGCAAGCUCAAGGCCGCUACAGAAAAAUCGGUGGCGCCUCCUGGUUACGAUUACAUGGACGAUUUAGACGGCGACGACGAUCUAGAUCCGGAUCAUCCUGCUUCUACUGGUAUUUCUACCAGGUCAGAGAAAGGUUGGCUUCUCAGUCUAAAGAGGACAAUCCGGGGCAAAAGGAGGCCCCCGCCUUCAGAACAUGACAGCGAUCCAAGACGACGGGUCUUCAAAAUUCCAGGCCGUGUUAGGGACAGAAAGCAUUACGUAACGGAUGAGUUGACGGAGCUUACUGACGUCUUCAACGAAAUGGGGGACGAAUUGCUCAAGCAGUACGGCUCUCUAGAACAGAAGGUCGCCGAGAGAACCAGCGAACUCGAAAUCAGUAAAAAGGCUGCCGAAGCAGCUAACGAGAGCAAAACGUUGUUCAUAGCCAACAUCUCCCAUGAGCUGAAGACCCCGCUCAAUGGAAUUCUUGGUAUGUGUGCUGUUUGUAUGGAAGAGGACGACAUCUUCAGAAUCAAACAGUCAUUGAAAACUCUGUACAAGUCAGGUGACUUGCUAUUGCAUCUUCUGGAGGAUCUGCUUAGCUUCUCCAAGAAUCAGAUCGGACAGCAAUUAAGUUUGGAAGAAAGGGAAUUCCGUUUGGGCGAUAUCCGAUCACAAGUGUUGAGUAUUUUCGACAAGCAAGUUCGUGAAGGAAAGAUUGAUUUCAGCGUCACGUUCCUCAGCACUGAUUUGGACCCAGGCAGAAGUCCUGAACGGGAGAGUAUGGAGAUUACGGAUCCUAGGUUACCCGCCAUGGGCCCGCAAGGUGUCGGUAGAUUGAAGGAUAUGUGUCUUUGGGGCGAUCAACACAGAAUCCUGCAGGUUAUGAUAAAUCUUGUCAGCAACAGUCUUAAAUUCACGCCUCCAGGUGGCAAGGUGUCCGUCCGAAUACGAUGUCUUGGUGAGGUCGAACAACGCACCGACGAAAGCCGAAGCUCUUCGUUCUCUCGUAACUCCAACCGUCCAGGGCGCACUCGCCACCGGAUGGGGUCUGGUUCCAACCGCUCGAAUCACUCAAAUAGCUCCAAGGGGACAAAUACGCCUCAACCAUAUAACAAGGGUGGUACAGCCUUGUCGAUCAACCCAAUGGAUCCGAAAGCCACACCUCAUGUUCAUAUACGUGAGAGAUCACCAACACCACCACCACCUGGUGCAAAAUCUUACAUGUUUGAGAUCGAGGUGGAGGAUACGGGCCCUGGUAUCCCUGAGCACAUGCAACAACGUGUCUUUGAGCCCUUUGUCCAGGGUGAUCUAGGUCUAAGCAAGAAGUUUGGCGGUACCGGACUUGGUCUCAGUAUCUGCCAUCAACUGGCAAGCUUGAUGGGCGGCUCAAUUUCACUCAAGAGUACAGUUAAUUUGGGCACGACGUUCACAGUGCACGUCCCUCUAAAGUAUACAAGAGAGAGAGCGUCUAGUACUGCCUCGAGCAGUGUCAAAUCAAGAACACCCAGCGUGGUAUCCGCUGGGGAGGGCGAACACCGGAACUCCAUCCCGGGCAGCGCGACGGCCGAGGCCAAGGCUGCGGUCUUAGACCAGCAACCUCGACUUAUUGGGCUUAGUGCACCAUUCUUUGCCGCAAGUCCUGGUGCUGCACCAAGGCCGACAACUAAAGAAGAUCAGUUGAAGGCGAUCAACCGAGCGAUGGCGGCCAAAGCUGGCGGUAAACUCCGUGUCCUUGUCGCCGACGACAAUUCAGUCAAUGUCGAAGUCGUGAGCAAAUUGCUCAAACUCGAAUCCAUCUAUGAUGUUACCAUUGCCAAGGACGGCCAGGAAGCUUAUGAUCUAGUCAAAGCGAAUAUGGAGAAGGAUCUCAGGUUUGACGUCAUAUUCAUGGACAUCCAAAUGCCCAAUCUAGAUGGACUCCAGAGUACUCGACUGAUCCGAGAAAUGGGAUACGAAGCGCCAAUCGUUGCCCUCACCGCGUUCUCAGAAGAAAGCAAUGUCAAAGAAUGUAUGGAAUCAGGCAUGGACGAGUUUCUCGCGAAGCCUAUUCGCCGACCAGCGUUGAAGCGGGUCUUGAAGAGAUUCGCGACCAUCCCGGAAGAGCCCGAGGUCGCUUCGAUCCAUACAAAGACUACAUCGGAGAAGACAUCGCCUACCGCGGCGACACACGCCUCUAGCAAUGAAGCAGCAUCCAAGCAGCCUGCGGUGACCCACAGCGAAGUCACAGCAAUCAACGGCCAUACCACACCACCCUCAAACAAUGUCAAUAGCUAA